AGCAGGUCGGCGGGGUGUUUUGCGGGCUAGAAUAAAACAGCUCGACGUCUUACGACGUCGCCUGCCUGCGCGCGGGACCUUUUGACUCGAUUGCGUCGCCAUUUUGUUUAAUCGUGAACGAAUGUUGUCGUGGCUUCAGACGGCCGUGACCGCGCCGCGUUUUCCCGCCGCCCCCCCUGGCAGCUCGCUGGGAGCAGUGGGGAAAACAAACAGGUCGCACCGAGGAAGGUUGGUCGCCGGUUAGAUUGGAGGCUGUUCUGCAGCGAGCGGUUCGUGUUUAUAUGCCGUCUGUCGCCGAGUCAAAGUUCUGCGGCUCGAGUCCCCUGCGUUCGGGACGCGCUUCGGAAGUUUCUGCCUCCCCCUCCGAGUAUGUUGUCGCUUUCCAACAUUGCCGCCGAGGUUGUUGGAGCGCGUAGUCUGCCCGCUGCGGUCCUGUGCCAUUCCCCGACGUUUUGUUCACCGCCGGCCGCGUUUCGGCGUUCGGCGAAUUGAAGUUCCCCGCUGGGAGCGCUCUGCACACGGCGACACACUCGGUGGAGAUGCACACCAGGCGCCUGGUGAAGCGGUCGAUCCUCGGCAGCCGCGUUUACGCAACGAGCCCGACUGGGGACGGUGCCCCGGUGACAGGAGUGGUCCAGGCUGUCAAGCAGGAAAACAGGGACGCGUCCGCCGCCGGACCCCGGCGCAGCGUGUACACCGUGCUCCUGCAGGACGGAAGCCUGAAGGAGUUCUCCGAGGAGGAGAUAGCCGCCGGAUCCAACCACACGGCGGCCAAAGGACCGCUCAAGUCCAGCCUGAAGCAGAGCUCCAGUAACGGGGUUUCAGAUGGUCACAAGUUGGAGAGCGGCUGCUGGAGCCCAGAGGCAGUGGAAGAGCAGAGGCCUGGGGACGGGAAGCGAGUUAGCCGGGAUCCCGACGCCCGAUCCGUGUCCCUCCUAGAGCAGAAACGCAAAGUGGUCUCGUCCAGCAUUGACGUCCCACAUGCCAGACGGUCAGAGGAGGAGGUGGACAUGGACAAAGUGACGGCCGCCAUGGUGCUGACGAGCCUCUCCACCAGCCCGCUGGUCAGGAGUCCGCCUGUCAAAGUCAGCGAGGGCUUCAGCGGUUCGUGGAAGGACAACGGCUCCGCUGGACCCUUCACCCCGUCCAGCAACAGUUCCUCAGGAGGCUACUGGAGCUGGUCGGCGCCCAGCGACCAGUCCAAUCCCUCCACGCCUUCGCCGCCGCUCUCAGCUGACAGCUUCAAGCCCUUCCGUGUGCCAAGCGUGGGCGGCGUGGGGUCCAACCCGCCGGGGGUGGAGGACCCGAGUCUGGACGAGCAGGACGGCAGCAGUCUGCUGUUCGAUGAGCCCAUCCCGCGCAAGCGCAAGAACUCCAUGAAGGUGAUGUUCAAGUGCCUGUGGAAGAAUUGUGGCAAGGUGCUGAGUACCACUGCAGGCAUCCAGAGACACAUCCGCACCAUCCACCUGGGGCGUAACUGUGAUUCAGACUGCAGCGACGGCGAGGAGGACUUCUACUACACAGAAAUCAAGCUCAACACGGAUUCUGUUGCCGACGGGCUGAGCAGCCUGUCGCCUGUGUCCUCCUCCAUCCUGUCUCCCCCACCGCCGCCUCUGGCCCCUCUCAACCACCAGCCGGACUCCCACCGACCCGCCCACCCGUCCGACUCCAAGGAGCCUCACCCCGGCGGCACCACCCCGCUCAGCCGCUCCGCUCCAAGCGCUCUCUACCUCAUCCACACGGACCACGCCUAUCAGGCCACAGCUCCGGUGUCCAUCCCCUCCAGCAGCAGCAACUCGUCCUCCACCAGUUUCACUCCCACCAACAGCUCCAGCUUCAGCAUCUCCUGGCAGUCUCCUCCCGUCACCUUCACAGGAAACACGGCGUCUCCCACUAAAAGCCAGGGAUUUGGAGAGCAGCGGUCCCAGACCAUCGCCGUCCUUUCGUCCCCUCCGAGAGCGACCUCUGCCCUCAGUCGGAAAGUGCGCGGCGAGGGGAAGAAGUGCCGCAAGGUGUAUGGGAUGGAAAACCGCGACAUGUGGUGCACCGCCUGCCGCUGGAAGAAAGCCUGUCAGAGAUUCACCGACUGAUCCCAGCCGGCCAAUGCAACGCCUCAGCAGCAGGCGCCGUAGCCGUCGGCCAGAGAAAUGUGGCGUCAUUUUGCAUGCACUUGGUCUUUCUGCAGCCCAGAAUCGCAACUAUCCGUCAAGCUCCAGCCCCUCUUCCACGUUAGCGAAUCCCUUCCAGCAGCGAAGGCAAAUGAAGGAUAGCAGAGCGGCUUCUCUUUCUUUUCUUUUUUUUUUUUUUCUUAUCCUUUUGGUUUUUCCCAGUUCUGUCCAGGAUUCCGAAUUCCACCAUUCUCGUCAUUCCCAGUGAAUGGGAAGCCCCGGUGCAGCUAACCGGUGUAAAAAUAGAUCUUUUCAUGUCGGGUUCAGUGUUGCAUCUUUCUAGUUUUGUACAGCUCUGGUUUUAAAUGGAGAGUCUUGUCUAAGAAGCAAUUGAGGAAAAACAAACAAACAAAAAAAAAAGACCAAAAAGUGUUUUUGUGUUAUAAUAAAAAGAUUCUCAAAGGAAGACUUUUACUUUUCUAUCCAAAAGAAGAACAUUGGAGGAGAAUUUUUUGUUGGUCUUCUUUCAACCCUUUCCCUCGUUUUGAUUCAUUUCUGGACGUUUUGAGGUCAUAUUCUAAAACCGGCGUCACAAUCAUUCCUCCGCGGGAACGCAAGGGGAUGGGAUAAAAGGCGGGAACCGGAAGGAAGCGAGAGACACACGAGGUGAAUGAUCAAUGCAAACUUAAGUCAGGGUAAACAGAUGGACCACAUCACACUUAAACAAACAAUAACCUGCUUAUUCACGUCAUUUUUUUCCUUCCUGUUGUUCAGGGAUGUGAUUCUCAAAGUGAAAGAACCAGCAGCUUAAACGUCGGGUUUAAGCUGCUGAGAUGGAGCUGCUUCCAUCUCAGCAGCUUCUGAACUUUGUACCAAAACCUCUUUCCUCUGUCAUGUUAUUCAUGGGUUUUUCCUUUUUUGGGGGGGGUUGUGGGGGGCUUUUGUUGCUGUGCCAUGUUUACUUCUUGUUUCAAGCAAUCUGCUUCUUCUCUCGUUUUAAUGGGAUCAAACUGAAGAUUUAAACAAAACGCGUCCUAAAAGAAAACAACUCCCUGGCAGCUCUCGGAGCCGCACCGUAAAAAGAGCAACAUGUUUUCACCACAUGCAGAGAUAAGUAACCCUCUCCCUCCGGUACUUUUUGCAGUUUUCCGAAGGGAACCGCUAAAACGGAAAACCUUGUUUACAAAUGCUACAAAGGUGCAUCUUUCUUAUCUGUAAGCAAAAGCGAGGAGGGCUGAAAACCAAAAGAAUUGCACUAAUUUAAAAAAAAAAACUGAUUCAUACCACUAUGUAAACUCAGUUUCUUAUUAAAAUGGUUUCUAUGAAUGAGAUGUAACAGCAAAAAACAAACAAACAAGAAAAAGAAAAAAAACGACAUAGUUGCAUGCGCCAUUCUUGUCUUUUGUAGAAGUGAAGGGAAAAGUUGUCAGAGCUCUGGAUCAGUUCACCACUUUGCUAUUUUGUGUCAUAAUUUUUGUACCUACGUGUUGGCAUAAACCAACUGUUCAACCAUUUAGCAGAUUAUUUUUGUCAUCUAGGUAUUUUAAUGAACAACACAUAAUCAAUCUCAUAAAAAUGCUCUCAAAUGCUUGCGUAGAGUAAUUUAUCUUUCCCUUAUGAAAUAUAGCUCUCUACUUCUAUUGGCUGCACUACUGUUAUUUAUUUGGGCCACUAAACUCUUAGAAAAAAUGUGAUUAUGACGUGUGACCAAACCAAAAUAACUAUAAAAUACCUCCUGCUCAUAUUUAUUCUACUCACAGUUACAUUUCCUUUCAGCAGAAUACAGUAAUUUAAGUUAAAUCCCAAAGGUGAUUAUGAUACAUGGCAUGAAAAGAACCAACUUGCCUCUGCAAAGUUUUACAUGCCAAUACCCAUGUUGCAAGAUUUUGAGUUCUUUCUGAGAACUAUAUUUAAAUAAUGUAUAAGAAUACAAAAUAUUUUAAUUCUCGGCUGCUCUGUGACUCGUUGAUCAUCACUUGUUUUAUAUAAAAAUGAGAGGCGACGUCACACUGUGUGUGUGCGAGAGACAGCAGUGGCUGCAAAAUCUUUUGAAAAUCUGUGAUUACUUCUGUAGUUCAGGCGUCACAGAAACAAUUUUAAAACAGUUUGUUGUACAGGAAAAAGCUGUUAUCAAUUAUGAUGAUGUAAUUUAAUUAUUUAGCCACUUUUGUUUUAAUCAGAAGUUAAAAUGUCCAAGUUUCAAGUUGGAAGAAAUUGACAUGAAGGUCACGUGAAGGUUGGGAAAGUUGGACAUGUCCAGCAACCCCGACCUCAAAACUUAAUGUGGUUUUUCUGCAUGUAAAACAUCAUGACAAUCAUAGUGAAAACUUUUUUUUUUCCUUUUUACAUUUUAAGUGAUAUCUUUAAUUUGAUUGCAAAGUACCAUGGGACCCGCUUUAUAUUGUUAAGACCGCUGCUGUUAACUCAGCAUAUUGCUUAGCAAGUCCUGCUUGUUUUCUUUCCUGGAACAUUGUUAAAUUGGGAUGGAUAACACUCCCAGAUUCGAGGUCCAACUUCAGAACUGGUGCUACCCAAAAAGUCACACGCACCUGUUAGUAAUCCACUUUAGUUCUCUGGAACUUCUCUGCACUUUUCUGUGACAGAAAAAGUCAACAUCUUUGCAUAGUUCAUAUUGUUAGCUGUUGGUAUUUAUUCCUUGUAGAUCCCGGUUAAACAGGUUGCAGUUGUGCCAAGAUUUCUUGUGAAUACCACUCAAAUUAGCCAGAGUCCUGUAUGUGAGACUUUUACCACAUUGCUAGAAAAUGAAGACCCUGAAAGAUCUAAUAGCUAGCAUUUUCUAAUGCAUGAAACAUAAACACAAGGCCUUCCUGUUGUCUACUCAAAUGAUUACUCUCUCUCACUCUUGCAGACUGUAUGAACUUGUUCUGGCAUGUUCUAUCAUUACAAUUUUCUUGUAAGUAAUUUUUUUUGUCUUCAUGCUUCUGACGAUUUGAAAGGCCUCACUGCUCCUGAAAAAAGACAGUUUCGAGACUUUGUCACUCUAUAGAAACUUCCACACUGAAGAGUGCUGUCGGUGUGGCCAUUUAGGGCUAAUGUUCUCUGAAAGAGAGGAUUUUUUUUCAUUUCCAUUCGACUUGUUGCUGGUCAAGGCCGAUCCGGCUCAAAUCAUCAGAUUCCGGUCGUUGUUUUCCCAGUUCAUCUCAAUGGCAGAAGGCUCUUUUUCAUACCUGCAAAAGUCAAAUGAGAAAAGUAAGAAAUGGCAAACUGGUGAAAUGUCCGGCACCCUGUUAGGUCACUUGGGUGUUGUUUACCAUGCACUGCACUUAUCCGCUCACUUCCCAUCAUGCAAACAGAUUUACAGCCUAAGCUUCAGAUUAUAAUUGAAGAAAUUUUCUUUUCCCAAAAAAAAAAAAGAGCUCAUUGAAUUUCAUAUUCCAUUUUGCCUCAGAGGCAACGUAGGGUCAGAGGCCAACUUUAUUACAGUGUUGUGAAUCACAAACCAACGUGUUGAAGACGAGACGCAGAGUCGGACAAGCGGGCAGCUCGUCUUUUCCUCUUGCGUGUUCGCCCUGCUUUAAACGCAUGCUCUAAUCCUGGUUUGUACUCCAGUCAGCCAUUUUUACACAAGUUAUUAUAAACCAACACCAGCUGAUAAACUCGCAUUUGCCAUUUUACCAUUCAGUACUUCCACAUCUGCAGGCAUAGCUCUUACUUUUGUCCUUUCUGUUGUUGUUUCUGUAUAUAUGGAGAUCUUGUGUAUCACUCUAUGCUUGUUUUGUUUUUAAGCUCAUAGAUCAAGUGGUUCAACUGAAUCCUUUUGUUUUUUUUUUAGAAAAGUUUGCUGUUUAGCCUUAAUGUCGGAUUCAUUGUGCUUCUUCUGCCGUUACAUUUAGAUUAAUUCAAAGCUCGUUCGCCCUUGUACAAUGUGAACAUAUUGUUGUUUUAAAAAAAAGGACAAAUCUAUAUAGUUUCAGAAAAAGAGAAACAUUUAAAUUCAAAGCUGGAAAGAAAAGAGCUUAGGCUGUUUUCCUUUCACUAUUUUUUCAUAUGUAUAUGCAUAUAUAAACUGUUUAUUCGUUUUAUUUUCAUGUUCUUCUGAGGAGGCUGUAGGAGGAACCUCAUUACAAUCUCAGCUUGUGGUGCUGUUGUCUGGAAGUGUGACCCACUUGGUGCUCCUUCAUGUUCCCACUAAUCCGCUGAACGCAGCCCAAACCCACAGAUGAUUGAAGUCUAAUUGUGUUUCCAUCCAAGCGUGGGAAACUGAAGGAACUCCAGGCGAAGUUGCUUCGGAACUGCACACCUUUCUCCAAGUGUCAACCGGUUUCGCUCGGGUCCAGUCUGAGUUUAUGAACCUUUUAGUUGGCAGCCGAGUUGAAAAUGUUUCUGUUGGUUUAUUUUUUUUUUUUCAAUGUGUGAUUAUUGUUUCGUGUACUUCCCACUGCUUUCUCUCCACCACUGUGGCGCUUUUCUGUCCUUCUGCACUCGAAUUCGGAAACGUUUGGCAUCAGCCGCAGUCCAGGUUCCAGGAACGAGUCCCUGCAGUCCUCAGAGUUGCUGGCAAAGCCGGAUGCAAACGAAGCAGCGGCAUCUCCAGGCAGCUAAUUUCACCAGAUAUUAUCGCUAGUCUGUUUCCGUUUUUACCAGAUUUGGCUAAAGUCGAGCUUAUGUAACACUGUUGAUUUGUGGUUUGUUCCCAAUGAAACUCAAAAGAGCUCUUGCUGCUGUACUUGUCAGCUCCCCCUGGAAAACUCCAGGACUUGUUCCUGGAACGGUCCGACCUGCUUCACAGUGCCGAGAGCGUCGUCCGUCAACAACGGCACAAAGAUUGCUCCAGCCUGACGGUGCUUUUAGAGCCUCCUGCCCGCUGAGGUCGAGGUUCUGGUGCUGUGGCCGCGGCGGGGGGAGAAACAGAGGUGCUAUAAAUCCCCACGCAGUGCUGUUUCUCCCUCUGAUCGCAUCGAUUCCAUUUUUGUACGCAUUGUUAUAUUGCUGUAGAGAACAUGAAAAUAAAAAACACCCUGACUGAAGCCUG